GGGAACAGCGCUGCACAUAUUUAAAUUAGUAAAGAACUAAUAAAGUUAAACUACACUUACACACUACUGCGCUUCCAAGCCGAACUUAUAAAGUCUUAAUUUGUAUGCCGAUAUAAUUCCAUUAGUCUUGGCGAUGCCUACGUUUACCUGGAUGAUUUCAGUAUUCCCAAGUAAUAAAAGAUGCAGCUGUCGGAAUACCCUUCACUUCUGGAGGCGCCGGUACCUGAACCAGAUCGAUGGAGUCGUCAAUUUGUCGUGUUUGCUUGGGAAACUCCACAAGAAUGGUCAACAUUUUGGAUGCGACGCAUGAAUCGGGCAUGUCCAUCGCAAGCAUGAUUUCCAAGUGCACUGACCGCAGAGUUGAGAAAGACGAUAUUCUGCCCAAAACCGUUUGCCCGUCCUGUCUUGAAGAUGUGAAAAACGCAUUCGAGAUUAUUGAAACUUACGAGAGAAGCGACCAAUUCUACAGAUUCUUCAACGAUCUACAGGAAGAGGAACGCGAAAACGAAGGUUCCGGUUGUUCCGACGAAGACAUGAUUAAAGACGGCGAAUGCAAUGAAGACAAUCACCAAGCAAAUAGCUUUGGAACAGAUGCGCAGGAGAGAAUCGAGCGGACUGAAGAUGAUUUAGAAUCGGAAGAUUCUAACGAUGAUUUCGACGACGACGAUUCUGAAAAUGACAAAGACUAUGCCCCAGACCUUGAUGACAGUGAUUCUAAAGCCGAUGAUAAUCGGCUUUCUAAGGAAAAACGCCGGUUCCAGUGUUCCCAAUGCUCGAAGAGUCUUACAACUAAGCAAAGUCUAGAAAGACACUUGCAAAUACACAAAGCAGAGGGAACCUUCAAGUGCACGCAAUGCGUGAAAACGUUUAGGAAGGACUCACAUUUUCAGGCGCACAUGAGAGCUCACACUGGAGAACGCCCAUAUAAGUGUUCCCACUGCUCAAAGACGUUUCCAUUUAACAAGAGCCUCAAGAACCACAUGCUAGUGCACACAGGAGAACAACAAUUUAAGUGUUCUCACUGCUCGAAGGCCUUCAUAGAUUCAGCUUGUCUUAAAGCACACUUGCAAACACACUCAGGAGAAACACCGUUCCAGUGUUCCCUGUGCUCAAAGAAGUAUCCAAAUAAACAAAAUCUUGCUAGACACAUGCGGUCCCACACGGGAGAACGUCCCUUUCAGUGAUUGCACUGCCCAAAAACUUAUGCCCAUAACUCACAUCUUCUGAUUCACCUACGCACCCACACAGGAGAACGGCCGUUUAGUUGCACCCAUUGCCCAAGGACUUUUAUUCGGGGCACGCAUCUUCAGGCGCACUUGCGAACCCA